UCCAUUUUGAAAACAAAAGAGAAGGGAAAGGAAGGUGUUAGUAUUUAGAAUAAAAGUAGUGGGAGAUUCCAAGUCUUUUACUCUAUUAUAUAAACGACCUUACUUAGCUGGAUAGUUGCAAGGAAACCUCUUUCUGUUUCUGUUGUUGCUCCACUGAGAAUGAGGUUUCAGGAUUGUAUUCUCGAGGAUUAGAUAAAGCUGCUGCAACAAUAACAACAACAACAGCACCAAGGAAUAAUGGGGUUAUUGCUGAUGCUCUUCUUUUCCUACCUGCUUUGUCUGCCAACAGAAGAGACCUUGGUUUCAGGGGAUGAAAAGGUAAAUGAAGUAAUGGAAACUAGGAAACAAGAAGCGCACUUUUUAUUAGUCAAUAAGCUCGCUGGUGGUGGUGGUCGUGGUGGUGGUGAUGGCGGUGGAGCAGCCGCUGCUACCGGUGGAAAUGGGGAUAGCAACUCAAGACCAGGAUCCACCGCUGCUAUCAUUCCAAUAUAUACAGCAGCAUCCAGCCAUCGCAAUGGCAAGCAUCACAAUGCCAGUACUAGCAAGGGAAACUACCCUGGACUUACAGUAAUGGUUGCAGUCAUCUUGGCCUUACUUAUUCUACAUUUACACAGUAGGAGGAUGUAAAUUAAUAGUCCAAGAAUCAGAUAUAAAAAUGGAUGCUUCGUGUGAUGUAAUAUGUGUGUGUUGUAGUGAUUGGGACCUGGAUCUCCUGCAAGCAAAACUCCAUGCACACAUAGCAUCUAGCUAGCAGCACAUUGGUAUUAUCUAGCUCAGAUCUGCUCCCAACAUUAUCCCAACAAGCCAUUACAGUUGUACAUUGAAAACAUUUCCCCAAUGUUCUCAAUGUGUGGCUUCAGUGACUAAUUGGCACAAUGUUGGUAGUGUUUCGUUGGUAGCAGAUCCCUGUAUUAAAUUCAUAGGGAGAUGUUCCCAAUCAACAGCUGGAUUCCCAUGCUUAUAGAGUAUGUACAGAGUUGUUGCUUCUUGUUGCUAGUGAUUGAUGUAUGAGUCGUUGGAAUGCAGCUACUUGGUUGUAAAAAUGUUUGUGACUGAUUAAUAGCGAGUUGAAUUAGGGUCUGAUUAA